AUGGACGAGCGGCUGCUGGGGCCGCCCCCUCCAGGUGGGGGCCGGGGGGGCCUGGGAUUGGUGGGUGGGGAGCCUGGGGGCCCUGGCGAGCCUCCCGGUGGCGGAGACCCCGGUGGGGGUAGCGGGGGGGUCCCGGGAGGCCGAGGGAAGCAAGACAUCGGGGACAUUCUGCAGCAGAUAAUGACCAUCACCGACCAGAGCCUGGACGAGGCCCAGGCCAAGAAACACGCCCUCAACUGCCACCGCAUGAAGCCUGCUCUCUUUAGUGUCCUGUGUGAAAUCAAGGAGAAAACCGGCCUUAGCAUUCGAAGCUCCCAAGAGGAGGAGCCGGUGGACCCACAGCUGAUGCGCCUGGACAACAUGCUUCUGGCAGAGGGUGUGGCUGGGCCUGAGAAAGGAGGGGGCUCAGCAGCAGCAGCUGCGGCUGCAGCAGCCUCCGGGGGCGGCGUGUCCCCUGACAACUCCAUCGAACACUCGGACUAUCGCAGCAAACUUGCUCAGAUCCGCCACAUCUACCACUCGGAGCUGGAGAAAUAUGAGCAGGCGUGUAACGAGUUCACAACCCACGUCAUGAACCUGCUGAGGGAACAGAGCCGCACACGGCCUGUGGCACCCAAGGAGAUGGAGCGCAUGGUGAGCAUCAUCCAUCGGAAGUUCAGCGCCAUCCAGAUGCAGCUCAAGCAGAGCACCUGUGAGGCUGUCAUGAUCCUGCGUUCCCGCUUCUUGGAUGCCAGACGAAAACGCCGCAACUUCAGCAAACAGGCCACUGAGGUCCUCAAUGAGUAUUUCUACUCGCAUCUGAGUAACCCAUAUCCUAGUGAGGAGGCUAAGGAGGAGCUUGCCAAGAAGUGCGGAAUCACUGUCUCUCAGGUCUCCAACUGGUUUGGCAACAAGCGGAUUCGGUAUAAGAAAAAUAUUGGAAAGUUCCAAGAGGAAGCAAACAUCUAUGCUGUCAAGACCGCCGUGUCAGUCACCCAGGGGGGCCACAGCCGCACCAGCUCCCCGACACCCCCUUCGUCUGCAGGCUCUGGCGGCUCUUUCAAUCUCUCAGGAUCCGGAGACAUGUUUCUGGGGAUGCCCGGGCUCAACGGAGAUUCCUACUCUGCUUCCCAGGUGGAAUCACUCCGACACUCAAUGGGGCCAGGGGGCUACGGGGAUAACCUUGGGGGAGGCCAGAUGUACAGCCCUCGGGAAAUGAGGGCAAACGGUGGCUGGCAGGAGGCUGUAACCCCAUCCUCAGUGACGUCCCCGACAGAGGGACCAGGGAGCGUUCACUCUGACACUUCCAACUGAUCUUGCCCCUCAGGGCCACAGGGGUGGGGGCUCACAAGGCGACUCUUGAAGAGGACACAGGCAUCCAGAGGACAAACCCCAGACACAGGAGAAGCACAAGACAGAGAAGGGCAAAUGGGGUCAUCCCUUCCCCAACCAGACUCUCUCAGUGCUGGGGGUGCUGACUACGUGGCAGGGAGAAUGGGCUCCCCUAAGGGGAGAGUGGGGUCUGUCUCCCUCUUUUUAACUUUUUUUUCAGUCUUUCUCUUCCUUUCUGUCACAAAACCCAGAAUCCUAUUGUUCAGAUCCCUUUCCCUCUGCUGUCUUUCCAUCCCCCUCCACCCCGUACUAUAUUCCAUUUCUCUUUUCUCUGGGCUCCCCCACCCCACUUAUCUGCUCUGGGAUCUGUGGAGAAGCCAGCCCUGCCCAACCAGAGAUGCCAAAACUGGGGACACACCUUCUGGACAGAGGACAUGGGCCAUGAACCCUGUGCCUCCCCACCCCCUGCCCCUCCAGAUGGCUUUAUUACCUCAUACGCAGCUCAUCUUAAACCAAUAGAAUCGCUCGGUGGACUAGAGUGUCUGACUCAGAUAUCUACCUCGGAGGGAGUUUCUGCUACUUUAGGGAAUUGUUGACUGGGCUUUGGGGUUGAAUUUUUGUUGUUGUUUUGUUUUGUUUUGUUUUGUUUUGUUAAGGAAAGAAACAAAACCCUGGGAUCCAUCUGUAUUUUGAAAAAUUUUUGUUGCUGUUAUUGGUUCUUAAUUUUUAGUUUGGGGAAGUAGAUGUUUUUAUAAAUAUAUUGACUUUUUUUUUUUUUUUAAUUUCUUGCUUUCCCAUGUUAGGGG